CAUAGGUAUAGUUAACAAGCGCGUAAGUCACUUUAAACCCUACUACACACAUUUAAAUAUAUUCUUUUUAUAGAGUAAUGUUUUUUUUGUGUAAGUACUUGUACUAACUUCUAGUGUUUAAUUCAUGGACGGUGAUUUUUUAAACGUCUGUGAUUCUAAAAUCAUAUUUUCAGGCAAAUUGAGAAAAUGACUGCCGAAAUAACUGUUGACAAAGAAGAUGCACUCGUGGACGAUGAACUCAGAAUUAUAGUCAAAGGUCUACAGAAAAAUCAACUAGUCACAGUGAGAGCCGAAGUCACCGAAAAAGGCCAAGUGUAUGCGGGAUAUGGAUGUUUUGUAGCAGACGACAAUGGUAUAGUUGAUAUUUGUACUCGACCAUCAACAUUUGGAACAUACAAAGGAAUUUCCUCAAUGGGACUUUUCUGGAGUAUGAAGCCUGCCCCAGGGAUGCCUGAAGUUAUGAGACUUAUGAAAGACAAUGCCUCCUCGCCGCUUGUCACGGAUCUAGCCGUAUUUCCUGGACAUUUAACUUUAAAAGAAAUGUACACCUCAGCUUUCAGACAGUUGUGCAGAAAGGAAAUAAGAAGGUGGUAUAUGGCAAAAGGAGUUCAGAAAAGGAAGAUAAGAAGUGGUCGUAUAAGAGGAACAUUGUUUCUACCACCAGGAAAAGGGUCAUUUCCAGGCGUGAUUGAUAUGUUUGGUUCUUACGGGACUUGUAUCGAAUUUAGAGCAGCUUUAUUUGCUUCUAGAGGAUUUGCAUCGCUAGCAUUACCUUACUUCUUAUACGAUGAUUUACCACAGGAUAUAAAUGACUUAGAUAUGGAAUACUUUAUGGAAGCCGUUGAUUGGUUCUCAGAGCAACCUUUCGUGGACGGAAACAACUUAGGGGUGAUAGGGGUAUCUAAAGGAGGAGAGAUUGCUCUCCAUCUUGGUUUUUUCAGUAACAAGAUCAAGUCUGUCGUAGAUAUCAACGGCACACCAUUCUUCACAAGCGGAAUGUCGUAUAAAGGAAAUCUUAUAGGAUCUGUUACACCACCAGCGAAUUAUGCGGAUCGCAUUAUUGAAACUGAAGAAGGACUUGAUUUUAGUGAAACUGUGAUCUGUGACGUCAAGGAUUAUACACCGAUUUGGACCAAAGACGUCCAUGUUCUGCUAAUUUGUGGGUUAGAUGACAAAUGCUAUAACCCCAAAUUUCUAUCGAAUCUUUGGAAUUGUUAUCCCGCUCACAGAAAACAUUUGUGCCAGUUGUUUAAUUACGCAGGUGCUGGUCAUCUAAUAGAGCCACCAUAUGCUCCUUUAGCAAGGACAACAAAAGCCCGCUUUGAAGGCGAAGUAAUCAGCGUUUUAUGGGGAGGGGAGACAGUGGCUCACGCUCGGGCUCAAGAAGAUUCUUGGAAAAGUAUUUUGUACCAUUUCCGGACGACGCUACACAUAGUACAUGCUGAUAAAGACAAUUUAUCAGUAAGCAGACUGUAACUUUAUGAGUUACUUCCGUAGCUUUUAUGCGCCAAUAAAAGUCUGUAUUUUAAAUUGUAAUGAACAGUCGACUAAUUUUUAGUGUAGACAGUUUGCAAAGUAAACUAGAUUGUUUCAAGUUUAGUUGCAUUUUGUAAAUGUACACUUUGAAACAAACGAAGACAUAUAUUCUACUUAUGA